UGGGGCUUUAUAAGCGGCGCGCUGCGUCUUGCUGCGUCUCUGGAGUUCUGGAAGCGUUAGAGACUCGCAUCAUUUCUCCCGCAACUGCGAAAUUACAGCUCAGAAUGUCUGACGAAGGAAAGCUGUUUGUCGGCGGCCUGAGUUUCGACACCACCGAACAGUCGCUAGAGGACGCCUUCUCCAAAUAUGGCGUCAUCACCAACGUUCACGUGGCCAGAAACCGAGAAACCAACAGAUCCAGAGGAUUCGGUUUCGUGACCUUUGAGAAUCCGGACGAUGCGAAAGACGCACUUGAAGGAAUGAAUGGAAAGUCUGUGGACGGCCGGACGAUCCGUGUGGACGAGGCUGGUAAGGGUGGUGGCGGUGGAGGCCGGUCCGGCGGUGGAUCCUACAGAGGUGGAGGAGGACGAGGAGGUGGAGGAGGAGGCUUCUUCAGAGGAGGCCGAGGAAGAGGAGAAGGCGGAGGUGGCUAUGGAGGUGGUGACCGCAGUUAUGGAAGUGACCGAAGCUACGGCGGCGGCGGAUAUAAGAGUGGAGGAGGAGGAUACUCCUCUGGAGGAGGCGGAGGCUACAACAGAGACAGGUGUGUUCCUGCAGAGGCGCAGCACCAUUCAGUGUCUUUAGAUUGCAACAAAAAUAGUAGAAGCUUUAAUGUUAAGUACUUGUGCAAACUUCAGAACACCCAAUAACUGUUAUCAGGAAAGUUGCAUUAAGAGUUCCCAAAAAAUAUAUAAUUUAGCACAUCUCAUUCUAACUACUGUAGUGUUUUGUUUGUUCUUGCAUUGUUCUGUGCUUAGCUGCAGGUAUAUAAUUAAUUUUAAAGAAUUUAUUUUGAGUGGUGUUCAUAAAGGGAUAGUUCUCACACACGCGCACAAAACUUUAGUUUCUCGGUCAUUUACUUGUAGUGCCAAACCUGAUUGAAGAACGUUGGCGACCAAAUCGUUUUGUUUGCGUAGACUUCAAUUAUAUGGGCAAAAAAUACAAUGGGAACUGAAGCGUUUGGUCGCCAGCAUUUUUAUAGAUUUUAGACAUCAUUUGGAAUAAAAUGAGGGCAAGUUAAUUUAAUUCUUGGGUGAACUGUCUCUUAAAUUAUAGCGAGAGUAUCCUACAGGGUCAGAAAUAUGGGUUUAAUUUUCUAGCUUCCUGUUGGCUUGGUUUAAAUGUGACCCAAAUGUGUUCUUGAUGGGUCAGUCUCUGAAGAAUUGAGAUUUUUAGCACUGCAUGUUAUUUCCAAUGAGAAGAAUAGAGGUUUAAAGUCAUGUGUUCUUAAUGUCACAUAAUUUAAUUAAUGGCUAUAAAAAUACAAGUAAAAUUAACAGCUCAAACA